UGUUGUGCUUGUGAUUUUGACGCAUGAUUGAAAAGCUCUCUGAGUGCCAAUGUCAAUUGUCAUGAUCGCAUGAACUCGUUCCGGUUUGGAAAGGACAUGGAAAUAUCAGACCGAUGUUAACUCCAAUGCAGGCACAUUCAUGAAAACCACAAUCGGUUAUAUCUUUUCUUGAAAUGGCUGAACCUCGUUCGAAAAUUAUUUCCAAGAGUGUUCGGCAUGUGGUCAACAAUUCGUUUGAACAGGGCCGGUCUUCUUUACAUGCCCAUUUUUGCGAGAAUGUUGAUGAGCGUCAAAGGUUAUUUGGAGAUGCCACACGACAGGUAUCGGCAAGCUACCAUUGUAUGAAUAUAAGCUCAUCCACAGCAACCUCUUUCAACAACAUCGGACCAUAUCAGUUCAAUCGGGUAUGGUGUAGCGGUAACAUCGUUGACUCUCACUUCUCAGGAGUGACUGCUCUCUCAACAGCCCCGGGUUCGACUCCCGGUAUCCGAGUCUCAAUAUUUUUUGGCACAUUUUUUUGCCUUUUCACCUUCCACCAUCCUCCUUCUUUUGCCUCUCUCUCUCUUCUUUUUUCUUUUCUUUUCCUACUCGCACUUCCAGUUUGUGUCUAUCACUGCAGUCUGGUAUCCGUUGAUACCCGAGAUGUCCAACCUCUAAACUCGGUCGGAUUCUUUGGUGCCUUCCUCCCACCAUGACUUACUUUUAAUCCCGACCACUGUAGUGAAAAGGCUC